AUGGACGGGAAAACCCAUGAGUGUCGAAAAUACACUUGGGAAGAAGUUCGCCGUCAUAACACCGCAACAGACUGUUGGGUUGUUAUCGAUGGAAAAGUAUACAACGUUAGCAAAUGGCUAAAAUUUCAUCCUGGCGGAGUCUUGCCCCUACUCUAUUCGGCCGGCCAAGAUUGUAGCAGUGUGUUCAAAGCCUUUCAUCCAUUCUCCUGGAUAAGGGAAAAGCGUCUGCCGCCGUUCUACAUCGGCGAUAUAAGCGAGCCAGACAAGGAAGGAGUUAAAGAGUCUGAAAUCUCAAGCGAACUGGAUAAAAUUCAGGAAGAAAUAGUGAAAGAAGGCGGCUAUGAGACGCAUUGUAAGUUGAUUUAA